CAAGGGCCAAAUUCCAUGCCCCCCAUGGCGAAAAGCUCCCACCUUUUCCUCCCCACGCCUCUUUAUUUCCCACCUCCCCUCGUCUCUCCGCCUCUUCGCCCCACUGGCCUCGGCCUGCCCCUCCUCCAAGUCCACCCAUUCGCCUCGAUCGGCGCCCCCGGGUUCUCCAGCCUCCCUCCAGUGUCCAGUCCCGCGGUACGGAUCUGCCUGCGCCCCUCGCUGAUCUCAGAGGACAUUUAAUUGUGUGACAUGAAGUCUGUUUGUGGAUUCUGUUUUAUGCAUAAGAUGCAGUGCACAUGAUUUUUGCCCGUAGUGCUGCAACAUCAUCGUUUCUCGUUCGGGACCAGUAAGCCUAUUGCUCAUGGACAGAGCUGAUACUUCAGGCUUUCUUGGUAGUGGCUCACAUUGCAAGAACAUUGACGUGUGCUUCCAUUUUGUGUAUACUAUAUAUUUUCUCGGUGGUGAAGUUGUUAAACUGGGGUUCUAAUUAGUCAGCAGAAGCUAUCGACCACUGGACAGCGCUCGAGUCAUUUUCUGUCCUAAUCCUACCUUAUAUAUAUUAUCUGGGAUGGACCUUAAUAUGACAAAUCUUUGUGUUCAUGGGAAGGAACACAUAGCUGCUUCAUUCUCUCAAGUUGAACCCGCUGCAGCAAAUUGCAGGAAUGAAGGCCUAGAUGUAGCAUCAGUUAAAGUUGGUUGCCUCGGGAGCUCAGAAGCAGCUGAGACUUCUAGACAAUCAUUCGAGCAGAGGAGUCGAAGUUCCCCUGUUCCUGAUGAUGACUGCAGGCUGGUCCUAGGACUUGGACCAAUGCCAAAUCUGUAUUCUGCUGAUAGCCAAUCAUCCGGUGGGAACAAAGUUAAAUUAUCUGGAAUUUUGUUCACCCAACAUUGUACCGCAAGUGAUCCUGGGUUAGUGGUGGGGACUUCAAGAGGCAGCUCAAGAAAUUUACAGUCCACGACAGUGCCUGGCCGCAAGGAGCAUUCACAUAAAAGAAAAAAUGGUAUUGUCUUCCCACAUAUUGGCGAGGGAUCAACUUCAGCCAAAAGGAAAUCAGGUGAUUAUGAGGUGUCACCUCUGUUUGCUCCAAGAUCAGAUGGUCUUUUUAUUGAUCUCCAGCAACACCUUGGAACCGGAUAUGAGGCCGAUCAUGAUUUAUCUCUUGAGCAGCAUGAGGUUGAGCUUAGCCCCGAGCCUUCAGCAACAACUGGUUGUUCUUUUGCCGCAACUUCAGAUACAGUAGAUAGUACUGAUAAUGGGGAGCAGAAAAGUCAUCAACGCCAUCUUAAGAAGUGUAGGUUCAAUGGGUGUUCCAAGGGCGGAAGGGGUGCAUCAGGACUCUGCAUUUCCCACGGCGGCGGUCACCGGUGCCAAAAGCCAGGUUGCAAUAAAGGGGCCGAGAGCCGAACGGCGUACUGCAAAUCUCACGGAGGAGGAAAGCGGUGCCAAGAGCUAGGCUGCACCAAAAGCGCCGAAGGGAAGACAGAGUUCUGCAUUGCUCAUGGCGGAGGGCACCGAUGCGGGGUUCAGGAAUGCCCCAAAGCAGCACGGGGAAGAUCAGGAUUUUGCAUAAAACACGGUGGAGGGAAGAGGUGCAUGAUGGAGGGCUGUACCCGGAGCGCCGAGGGAUAUCCCAGGGUGUGCAUCGCACACGGAGGCGGUCGACGGUGCCAGUACCCGGACUGCAGCAAGGGAGCACAGGGAGGCACCCUCUUCUGCAAGUCCCAUGGUGGAGGCAAACGGUGCAUAUCCGAAGGUUGCACCAAAGGGGCCGAGGGCAGCACGUUGCUAUGCAAAGGGCAUGGCGGUGGGAAGAGGUGCCUCUUUGAGGGAGACGCGGCGGCGUGUCCUAAGAGUGUCCACGGCAGAACCAGCUUCUGCGUGGUGCAUGGAGGAGGCAAAAGGUGUGUGGCACCAGGGUGCACCAAGAGCGCUCGUGGUCGCACCGAUUGCUGUGUGAGGCAUGGCGGUGGCAAGCGCUGCAAAUCCGAUGGGUGCGGCAAGAGCGCGCAGGGGAGCACCGACUUCUGCAAGGCGCACGGCGGGGGCAAGCGGUGCGCCUGGGGCGCCGCCGGCUGUGACAAGUUUGCCAGGGGGAGGAGCGGCCUGUGCUCUGCUCAUGCAAACCUGACGGCCUCAAAGCAGGGCCUAAGCAUGAUCAUCGGGCAUGGCCUCUUCAGCGGCGGGAUCGUCGUCUCUUCUUCCUCGACGGUGGGCAGUGGCGGCAUGGACCGUGUCAUCUCUUCUUCUCUCCCCGGCGGCGCCUCCUCAGACUGCUGCGGCGAGUCGCCGGAAGGACACUUGCAGAGCGGCAGGCUCAUACCGCCACAGCUGCUGCUUCCUGCAGGCUCCCUGCAGAAACCAUCGUCUUCGUUUAACCUGCCGGGUAAUGGCCACGAAGAAGAAGGUGGUGCUAGCCUGAACCGGAGCUUCGGGUUCGUCGUGCCGGAGGGGAGGGUGCACGGUGGAGGCCUCAUGUCGAUGCUCCGAGCAGGACACCUGGGAAGCAACAUCAACAACCCGGAAUCCUGAUGAAAACCACACAUAUUCUGUGUGUGCUUUAAGCAUAUUAUAUGAUUCUGAGGGAGUAGUUAAUACUGUGAGCGUGUAGUCCUUGUGUACAGAGCUUCAGUGUACUUGUUCGUCUAUGAACGAAAUUGCAUUAUCUUGAACUUGUAUUGGUACGCAAAAUAGCCGUUGAAAUUUCGAAA